AUGUUUAAAGAUACUUAAAAAUAUCCGCCAUCCACAGUAAUAUGUGUUUUUCAUAAUCUCUCUGCUAUAUAAACGUGUGGUUUGUACAUGUGAGACUUACAAGUCUCUGUUCUAAAGCUACUCUUCUUUUCACUCCAGUAAAGCUUACAUUGAACUCUAUCAAUGGCAGCCAUAGCCAAGCUUUUCAAAAAGAAUAAUUCUACAAUACCCAGCUCUUAUUAUUAUAGUUCUAGUAUUAGCAGAAGCAAGCUAUUCUCCACGGAGCCAUUGGUGGAUUCUUUCACUCAAAGAAUCAGAGAUCUGCCUAAGGAUCUCCCCAGUACUAAGAUUAGAAGAGAAGUCUCUCAGCUCAUCGGGAAAACACCUCUUGUUUAUCUAAAUAAAGUUACUGAAGGAUGUGGCGCUUAUAUUGCGGUGAAGCAAGAGAUGAUGCAACCAACCUCAAGCAUCAAAGAUAGACCAGCUCUUGCCAUGAUUAACGAUGCUGAAAAGAAAAAACUGAUCACACCAGGGAAGACUGUAUUAAUCGAACCCACAUCAGGAAACAUGGGAAUCAGUAUGGCCUUUAUGGCUGCUAUGAAAGGUUACAAGAUGGUCUUGACAAUGCCCUCAUACACAAGUUUAGAGAGAAGGGUGUGUAUGAAAGCUUUUGGAGCUGAUCUGAUCCUCACAGACCCAACAAAGGGAAUGGGAGGAACAGUUAAAAAAGCAUAUGAUCUUUUGGAGAAUACACCAGAUGGUUUCAUGCUUCAGCAGUUUUCGAAUCCUGCCAAUACCCAGAUUCAUUUUGAGACAACUGGUCCUGAGAUAUGGGAGGACACUAAUGGGAAUGUCGACAUAUUUGUGAUGGGAAUUGGAAGUGGUGGCACAGUCUCGGGGGUUGGACAAUAUCUUAAGUCUCAGAACCCUAAUGUAAAGAUUUAUGGGAUUGAGCCUACUGAAAGCAAUGUACUAAACGGUGGCAAGCCAGGUCCUCAUUGGAUUACUGGCAACGGGGUCGGAUUUAAACCUGACAUACUCGACAUGGAUGUAAUGGAUGAAGUGCUCAUGGUUUCUAGUCAAGAUGCUGUUGAUAUGGCUAGGAAACUGGCACUCAAAGAGGGGUUGAUGGUUGGUAUAUCCUCUGGAGCUAACACAGUUGCGGCCCUUGAACUUGCCAAGAGGCCCGAGAACAAGGGAAAGCUUAUUGUGACAAUUCAUCCUAGUUUCGGGGAGCGUUACUUGUCAUCUGUUCUGUUUCAAGAGAUCAGGCAAGAGGCUGAGAAUAUGCAACCCGUUUCAGUUGACUAAACAGGACAUGUCUUCUACACGUAUCCAAUCCAGAAGUUUUCUGCUGAAAUCUUCAACAUGGUACUACUCAGAAAAGUUCAUGAUCACUAACUAGGUGUCACCCUUAUUUGUGUAUCAUGACUGAUGUCUCGUUUAUGCAUAAAUUCAUCUACUCGGACUUGCAAGCUAUAAUAAGUGUCCAGUUGUAUUCAUAUCAAACACUUUUCAAGAUUCAAGUCUUAUUACUGGUUUUUUCUGUGGA